GAAAAAAUCUUCCCGAUCACUGAAUCAAAAGGAUAAAGUCGCAGUUCGUCUCCGCGUCGCGUCGUGACGCUGUGCCGCACCAGCUGCUGCGCGUGAGCGGAAGUGCGUCAGGGGUCCGUGUGUCCGGAGGACUCCAGAGCUCACGAUGGCGUUCAGGCUGCUGGUUCGGAGGGUUUGUGGGGUUUCUGUCAGAGAUUUGCAGCGUCUGCCGGCCGGCGUCUUGUGCUCCUCGUCCUUCUCCUCUCGUCUGAACGUGUCGCAGCCGCUCCUCUCGCUCCCGCGCCUCCUCCCGCUGGCCUCCUGCAGGAGCGUGUCCUUUAACGUGCAGGACCACGACGACUUCACCGAGAGAGUCAUCAACAGCCAGCUGCCCGUCCUCAUCGACUUCCACGCACAGUGGUGUGGCCCGUGUAAAAUCCUCGGCCCGCGGCUGGAGAAGGCCAUCGCCAAACAGAAGGGUCGAAUCGCCAUGGCCAAAGUUGACAUCGAUGAACACACAGACCUCGCCAUCGAGUACGGGGUGUCAGCAGUUCCCACGGUGAUCGCCAUGCGUGGCGGCGAUGUCAUCGACCAGUUUGUGGGCAUCAAAGAUGAAGACCAGCUGGAUUCUUUUGUGCAGAAGCUGAUUGGAUAGUGAAGCUGUCAAUCACUGCCCCUCUAGCCCCGCCCACCUCCUGUUGGAAACUCCAUUACAUUCAAUUACAGACACAGACAAACUGCACCCCGGAACGUCUUCGCUUCUCCAUCUCUCCUGCUUUCCUUAACUGUGUGUGUGUCCUUAUGUGUUUUAGAGGGUCUGUGGCAGUGCAUCGUGUUUUACCGCGGUAAAAAUGUAGUAAAGUGUUCUCGGACAUCCUGUAGCUACUGUACUUUGCUUCGGAGGAGAACUGAAGGAUCGAUGGUACGCUGAUGCAGAUCCUCAUCCGGUCCACAUGAGGGCGCUUCCUCUCACUCCGCUCUUUUACACCUGAAUGCCUACUAAUGUGAAAGUGUGUGACGAUCACGGCGUGUGUGUGUUUCCGUUCAGCUUUCUUUCUUUUUUGGAUCUGACUGUGAAUUUUGCGCAGGAUGCAUGGGAUUGAUGAUGGUUUUGUUUAGACUUUAACUCAUUUAAACUGUAAUAUAACCAACUAGUCAGAUGAAAUUAUGAAUAAAGCAACUGUACUAUAUUUAA